CUGAAGCAUUGUGCUGCUGAGCUGGCUCCAGUGUUCACUGACAUCUUCAAUGCUUUCUUGGUGUCCUGUCAUGUACCUGCCAGCUUUGAGUCCUCCAAUACCAUCCCUGUUCCCAAGAAGGCCAGGAUCACAGGACUGAAUGACUACAGACCGGUGGCACUGACGUCUGUGGUCAUGAAGUCCUUUGAGCGCCUGGUUCUCUCUCACCUGAAAUCUUUCACUGCUUCUCACCUGGACUCAUUGCAGUUUGCCUACAGAGCCAACAGAUCUGUGGACGAUGCAGUGAACCAGGCCCUUCAUUUUGUUAUGGAGCAUCUGGACUGCCCAGGAACCUAUGGCAGGAUCCUGUUUAUGGACUUAAGCUCUGCCUUUAACAAAAUUCUUCCAGCUCUGCUUGAAUACAAGCUUCGCCAGCUUGACGUGCCUGACUCCCUCUGUAGAUGGAUUACAGACUUCCUGACCAGCCGAAGUCAGUGUGUGCGGCUGGGGACGACUGUCUCCGACACUCGGACCCUCAUCAUCGGGUCUCCUCAGGGCUGUGUUCUCUCUCCGUGGCUCUUCUCUAUGUACACUAACUGCUGCACCUCCAGCCACGAGUCCAUGAAGCUGAUCAAGUUUGCGGAUGACACCACCAUCAUCAGGCUCAUCUCAGAUGGAGAUGAGUCGGCUUACAGGAGGGAGGUGGAGCGGCUAAUGUCCUGGUGCAGCUACAACAACCUGGAGCUCAACGCCCAGAAGACAGUGGAGAUGUUCAUAGACUUCAGGAGAGUAACAGUUUCUCUGUCCCCUCUCAUGUUGGCUGGUUUACCUAUUCCUAUUGUGGACUCCUUCUGCUUCCUGGGAACCACCAUCACUGAGGACCUCAAAUGGGAGCCAACCAUCAGGUCCCUCAUCAGGAAGGCCCAGCAGAGAAUGUUCUUUCUGAGGCAGCGACGGAAACUACAACUGCCGACGAAGUUGCUGGUGGAGUUCUACACAGCCAUCAUCCAGUCCAUCCUCACCUACUCUAUCACCGUCUGGCAUACCACAGAACAUGAAAAUUUCACCUCCCACUAAAAGCAGAAGGGAUCUUUCUAGUCGGUGCCAAACAAGUUCAACAUGUCUGAAGUGGUUUCAGAGUGAUAACAUUUUUAUGUUUGUCGGUCUGAACACCACCGUCACUCGGGCUGAAAAACGGUUUACUGCACUGUUCACUCACUAAUCAGAAUAGCCUCAGAACAUGAAAAUAUCACCUGCCACUAUAGGAAAAACACUCUUUCUGGUACAUUCAACACUAAACCUACAUUUCUGAACUUUCCUAAGAGGGUUAUCAACGAUCUAAUUUUUGCCGAUUGUUGGGAAAUACACCUUUAAUGUAUCUUCCGCGUUUUCAUUUACUCGUGACAAUGACUACCAAAAACCUACAAGUUAAAAUCAAAAAGAAUUUAUUCCUUGCCAGCGGAGUCUAUUCACCUACUCAGGGCCCUGGGUCAUCAACUAUCUCUGCCUUAGCCUCAGCUCAAGUAGAAUACUGUGACAAAACUUAUCUGGGCCUGACCCUUUUUAUAUGCUUUCAGCCCAUCUUGGGGUGUAGUCUCCACUGAUUGGUCCUGGUCUUCUUAUGGUCCUAGUCGUCAUGGGUCAAAUUCAACAUGUUGUAUUGACUCCACUCAGUCUGGAGCGAUGUUGAUGAAUCCUCCCAAAUGUUGCCUAUAAUAGGUGGUAGCUGAGAACCCGAUCCAUUCUUCUGAUUGGCUUGCUUCUGUCAUCUCAUCCGUUCUCCAUCUGGUCAUUUGGUUUACGACCCCCAUGGAUGAUCAAGUCCCAUGACAAUUGCCAUUCCUGCCAUUUAACACACACCAUUUUUAGUCCACAUAUUCUUCCAUGGAUACAGGGUCAACUUGAUGAUACCUUACCCUUACUCACCGCAUCUGUUGAAUGCAAUCUUUUUAUUAUUAUUUAACAAAACAUUCUAAAGUAAUUCAAUUCAAUGAUAUAUCUUUUUUUAAUAUAUUUAUUUAGUAAUAUAUCAUUAUUCCUAUACGGUCCGAAACCCACUUUCUCUGUGGCCGAAAACGCGUUUUCUGUGCUGUUCACUCACUGCUCAGCGAUGCCACAGAAGAUUCAAAUUUCACCUCCCACUAUAGCAGAAAAGGUAUUCCUCAUUGGUUCAG